AUGAGCGUGGUUCCAUUGAAAGAAUACAAUGUCGCGGGUAAACUAUUCCCCUGCCGGAAAGCAACGUUGGAACAGUCAGGCGCCGAUCAUCAAGGGUCAACGACAAACCUUUACGGUUCCGCACCCCCUCCUCCAGAGUUAGCACUGGUCUCGAUAGCAAUACAGCGUUCCCAUUCUCAUCCAUUCGCUGUUCCGAAUACGUUUUCGCCUCAAAUGAUUUCCAGGAUAUCCCGGAUCACGGACCAGAACGGGCAAGGCCUUGUGUCACCACAUGGAAAACUUGCACCCUGCCCCAUCUCUUCUCCAAGUGUUUUUUUGCGACUCGGUGCAUACGAUGCACUAACGGCUGGAAUGCUUCCUACCAAGAAUCUUAUUCUAUUUAACGGAAAGGACUUCCUAGUGGCGCUGCAUUGUCUCUCGUCUCUGUCAUAUGAGGCUUCUCCGUACCUUCCGAUUGGCGCUUCGGUGUGCGACUGCCCGCUUUCUAACAAUAGAUUGAUUUUUUUUUUUGACUCUUCGAGAUGGAACCAUUCAUUAACCUUUUCUUCUGGACCGACCAUCGAUAUUGACAGCCCUGGGAAGACCCUGAGUGGGUCGGAGGCGAGGUGGAACGACUGCACAGAACGACUGACUCAGAGUGGCGGCGGAUGGGAAUCAGAACGCAUCAGCGUCGAUAACUUAUUAUUCGCCUCGUUCGCUACUCUUACGGCACAUCAAGAAAGCAUCAGUUCUUUGUCAGGCCUCAACCCCGGUUUAACCAGACGUUUACCAUGCGUCCCAUUGG